AUGGCUGACGAAUACGGCGCUGACGAUGCGCUGUUGGCCGCCAUGGCCGCCGCUGAUUCGAUUCCCGUCCCCCGCCGACCGGUACAGCAGCAACCGCGUCCGCAAAAGAUCCAGCAGCCCACGCCACAACGACUAGACAAGGCACCUCCAGCAGCCUCAGGAUCAGGAGGCAAAGUGGUCCAACCGACUCCCCAAUCGCUCCCUCAAAGACAAGGCGCCUCCAACAUUCUCGUUUCACCCCGUCAGCGUGGCAAUCCGGUCCUGACGCACCUCAAGUCGAUGCCAUGGGAAUACAGCGAUAUUCCAGCAGACUAUGUCCUUGGAACAACGACAUGCUUGCUGUUCUUGAGUCUCAAAUACCACCGCCUUCAUCCCGAAUACGUCUACACUCGAAUCCGAAACUUGCAAGGCAAAUACAACCUACGGAUCCUGCUCACAAUGAUUGACAUUCCGAACCAUGAAGAUCCACUUCGAGAGCUGUCCAAAACGUCCAUGGUCAAUAAUGUGACCAUUGUCUGCUGCUGGUCCGCCGCCGAGGCCGCCCGCUACUUGGAGCUCUACAAGGCUUAUGAGCACGCCAGCUUCGACGCGAUUCGCGGCAAACAGUCAUCGAGCUACGCAGAGCGGCUUGUGGACUUUGUCACAGUCCCGCGCAGCCUGAACAAAUCGGACGCAGUUGCUCUAGUGGCCAAUUUUGGCAGCCUAAAGAACGCCAUCAAUGCCGACGCCGAACAGCUCGGCAUGCUGAGUGGCUGGGGUGGUGUCAAGGUCAAGCGCUGGAGCGCGGCCAUUGAAGAACCAUUCCGAGCCAAGAAUGCUUCCAAGCGCAUCUUGCCCACUGGCGACGCAGCCGCCGUCGCCGCCCUUGCCGAGCCCGAUGCAGCCAACAGAGGAUCAAGGCUGCAAGACGCCGUGCCGCUCUCGCGCGUGCCAUUGCGAGAUAUGCCCGCUGCCUCGGCGGCUAUCGAGGCGACCCCCGAAGCAGGCCAGCCAGUGAACUCGGGCAAACAAUUUCAAUUUCGUGGCGACACGGACGAUGAGGAUGACGAACUGGAAGCGGCGGCGACUACCACUUCCAAAACCGCAGAGGCGGCCAGCAAACGAGCGGAGUUCCAGGCCGGCCAGGCUGAGGAGCUCUCCGAUGGAAUUGCUGCUGCGCUGGCAAAGCUUCGCAAAUAA